UAAAGCAUCACCAAACCUCUAUUAUUGGCAUUAAAUAUAUAUAUAUUGUGAAACGCUUUAAGAUGGUAAAGAUCAUUGUUCUAAUCUUUGGAAACUGAGAGAGAAUGAGAUUAACACUACAAUUGCUGCUUCUGCUUCUGUUUACCUUGAAUCAUGUUGAUUCUGGCUCUAUCGUCAAGUUUCUUCCAGGUUUUGAAGGCCCUCUUCCUUUCGAACUCGAAACCGGGUACAUUGGUAUUGGUGAGAAAGAAGAAAUGCAAUUGUUCUACUACUUUAUUAAGUCUGAGAACAAUCCAAAAGAAGACCCUCUGCUUCUCUGGUUAAAUGGAGGACCUGGAUGUUCUUCUAACACUGGCCUCUUUUUCGAGAAUGGACCUCUGGCUUUCAAGUCCGAGGUUUACAAUGGAAGUGUUCCUUCUUUGGUCUCUACUACAUACUCGUGGACAAAGAUGGUGAACAUAAUAUUUUUGGAUCAGCCUGUUAGAACUGGCUUCUCCUACUCCAGAACCCCACUUAUUGAUAAGCCUAGCGACACAGGCGAAGUUAAGAGGAUCCGUGAGUUUCUUCAAAAGUGGCUAAACAAACAUCCACAGUUUUCUUCAAACCCUUUUUAUGCUGCCGGAGAUUCUUAUUCUGGUAUGAUUGUUCCGGCCCUCGUUCAAGAAAUCUCAAGAGGAAAUUAUAUAUGUUGCGAACCUCCUAUAAAUCUACAGGGAUAUGUGCUCGGGAACCCGAUAACACAUUUUGAAGAAGACGAAAAGUAUCGCGUUCCAUUUUCUCAUGGAAUGGGACUAAUAUCAGAUGAAGUAUACGAGUCAAUUAGGAGCGCCUGCAAAGGAAAUUAUUUCAAUGCGGAUCCAAGUAACACAAAAUGUUUGAAACUCGUUGAGGAAUACCAUAAGUGUACCGACAAACUGAAUGAAUUUAAUAUAUUAUUACCAGAUUGCAACAUGACAUCUUCUGAUUGCUUUCUAUAUCCAUAUUAUCUCCUUAGCUUUUGGGCCAACGAUGAGAGUGUUCGCGAUGCUCUUCAUAUUGAUAAGGGGAGUAUAGGAGAAUGGGUGCGAUGUAAUCGGAGUAACCCAUACGACAAGGACAUCAAGAGCAGCGUACCAUACCAUAUGAAUAACAGUAUUAGUGGCUACCGAUCUCUCAUCUACAAUGGUGAUCAUGAUUUGGUGGUUCCUUUCCUUGCAACUGAGGCCUGGAUAAAAUCUCUAAAUUACUCCAUCAUUCAUGAAUGGAGACCUUGGAUGAUAAAAGAUCAAAUCGCUGGAUACACGAGGACUUAUUCCAAUAAGAUGACAUUUGCUACAGUCAAAGGAGGUGGGCACACAGUAGAGAAUAAACCAAAUGAGUCUUUUAUCAUGUUUCAACGGUGGAUUAAUGGCCAACCUUUGUGAUCGAGGGUCAUGGUCUUUAAGUAUACACUAAAAAAAAAUAUGAAACAUGAAAUGUUUGUAUACAUUACAAUUAUCUACUAGUCUACGUGUUUGUCUCUCCCAACAGUUCGACAUGCUUUGGAGGGAGAUAGAUAGUAACCAAUAAGGCAAUAAAGGAGGUACUUGAAGGCUCGUCUUAGGUCUAACUAAGGAGACUACAUGCGACAGACCUAAAAGUUCCUGGUUUAAAAAAAUAAAAACGCAUAAUGCUUUUGUUUGUUGUUAGGUAACAUUUUUGCGUUAUUCAUUUGAUUUGACAUUUUUUUGGAUUAUUUCUUAUGUUCGCAUAGAUUAGUGUUCUAUGUUAUAGUGUUCCUUUCACAUUAACCAGAGGAAAAUCUGUGUUACGCGCCCGGUUACGCAUUUUAGUUUUAAUUUAUUAUUUUGUUGUUUCUUUUAGUAUACAGGUAAAACAACUGAUAAUUUCUU